AAAACAACCCGUCAAAACAGUCAUUUCUCAUUUUCCAACAGGUUUUUUUUAACCUAUAUACCUACUGGAUAAUAGCAGAGUAAGCAUGACAGAUGCUAAAGUUCAAGUUGAGGUCAAGUUGACUCCAAACUCCCCGCUACAAAUCCAGGCUCCAGCAGAGGACAAGACAGACGAGGAGGUGGACACAAAGCUUAUUAUACCAGAGCUAGGGGACUCUCUGGAGGAGCUGGCUGGUGUUGCUGUGGCUCCAUCGUGUGGCGAGCAGCGGGACUGCAGCCCGGACUGUGCAGCCUGGGCCUGCCAGGAGCUCCGGCUGAUGGACAGGCUGCCGUCCAUCCGGCUGCAGCUCCACGUCCUCAUGAGCAAAAUCGACGACUUCAUCAGCCAUCUUGUCAGUGGCAGUCAGGAAGAUCUAGACAAAGAGAGCUUUGCUGCUUUGGUGCCGACUUUCCUGUACAGCUGCCAGCCUUACUUUACCUACCUGGAGUCCACAGCUCGGAGCAGCGCACCCCAGCCCUCCUACAUCCGCUCAGGGCUGCUGGACUUCUCUCAGCAGCUGUGUGACAGGUUGGAGCAGCUGGUGCUGACCUGCGCCAGUUACAAUCUCCUCUGCCUGGACGAGACCAAGCCUGACAGUGUGUCUCACUUCUACAUCGGCCAGUGUCACACAAGCAGACUGAAGCUGACCAUGUUCUGGUACUGUAAGCCGAUGCCGUUCCAGGCCCGCGCCAACACCGGCCUGUACAAACGCAUGCGCUGGAACGUGGAGAGACUUGGCGAUGACGAGCAGCAGCAGGCAGAUGAAGAGCAGGAGGGAGAGAGAGAAACAGUCGGCGAUACAGAGUACUAUUUCCUGUGUUAUGAAGAUGUUCCCAAAGUGCAGACUGAAGACAACAUAGACAGGCAGGACGGUGACGGCGAUGGUGGUCAUGGUAACGUGGAGAGGAUGUGGUCCAUCGGUCUGUGGGUCCAGGUGAACCCCGACCCCGACACAGAGGACAUCUACGACUGGAUCCUGUGUGAGGUUCCAGAGGCCAAAUACAUGAAACUGUUAUGUCUGGGCAGCGAGGAGCCGUCUACCUGCAUUGCUACAGACCUCCUGCUGGGGCUGCUGUUGUCCCAAGAGACCACAGGAAAGGACGGCAGCGCCAGUCCAGACUGCACUUAAAAUGAUUUUAUACUCAGGAAUAUUGUUUUGACAGUCACCUCAGGGAGACAUCACUCCAGACUGUGCAUAAGAAGCCAUGUCCACAGGACAGUACCAUUGCAGACCAGCUGAUAAAGUUGUGCCCAGUUAUUGGUGAUGUCAGCCAAAUUGUGCCAAUCCCCAGUUACUUGAUAAAACAGUCUAAAAGGUUCAUCAUCUGGUUUUAUAUGCACCAGGCAGCUGGAAGCAUAUGCGCCACUUGGAAGCAGCUCAUAUGACGAUAAAGCAUGACUAAGUGUCUUUCAACCCUCUUUUUAGUCUGAGGGACUUUUUGGUGACAGGCCUUGUCCAGACUGGUUCCCAUGUUUCUCCACAGCCUGCUUGAAGUUUAAAAGGCUCAUGUUUAACAUUAUGUUGUUGCCAGUGUUAAUUGUUGUUUAAUAUUUAAGCGUAUUCCCUCAACCAGGCUGGAGGACAGUUAAAUUUGUACUA